AUGUCAUCGCCUGGCCCGAGCGGUGGAAGUGGGCCGAAAAAAAGUAAAGUGAAAAAGAAAAUUCCUAAAAAGAAAAAAGAAGAUGAUGAAAAGUCUAAAAAAGAUGGAUCUGCAACAGACGAAACUGCAAGUAAUAGUGAUCGACGGGAAGAAGUCCCACCAACCACUACGCCAAAGCCACAGAGUGCUGGAGCUUCAAUGCGGGAUGCAGCCCAAAAAAUCCUCACAUUGGGACUCAAGGGUGAAUGGACGGCAGUUGAAGGUGUCAUUAAAUCCCUCGAAAAAGGUGUAGAAAAGGCAAAAUUAAAUGCAGAGGAAGAAAUUCAUUUGGUGCCACUUGCUGGUGUUCAUGAUCCGGUUACCGGCAAUACCCCACUGAUGCUGGCUGUUAAGGAUAAUAAAACCCCACUGAUCGAUAGACUAAUAGAAUUGGGUUCUGACGUUUGUGCUAGAAAUAACGAUAACUAUAAUGUUCUUCAUAUUGCUUCCAUGUAUUCUCGAGAAGAUGUUGUUAAGACAUUGCUUAACAAAAAAGGAGUGGAUGCAUUUUCAACUGGAGGUUCUCGAUCACAAACCGCAGCUCAUCUUGUUGCUAGUCGUCAAACUGGAACUGCCACAAGUAUACUUAAAACGAUUUUAGCCACAGCCGGCAAAGACAUUCGUGUGAAAGCAGACAAUGUAAGUGUCCCAUUUUCUAAAUAA